CACGUGUCUAUGUUUAUGUUGUCUGCUUGAACUCGGAAUGUUUGUGAAGAACUAAAUAAAUGCUAUUUUUAAAGUUGAUUUUUCACAUUUACUGUUAAAACGACGAAAAUUCAUUGAAAAAAUAUAUAAUGUUGUCAAACAGCUGUAUUAAUGGCUUUCGAAUUCCAUAUGUUCAAAUUUUUGUGUUUCCAAAGUUUUGUUAUUUCGUUGCUCAUGUCUUCAAUGAAAGCUGAAUGCCCUGCUGAAUGCAACGAGGGCAACACGAAUGACAGCGCAUGUGAUGAUUCUUGGAAUCCAGACGAUUUGCCUAUGGAAAAGAAGAAGUAUUGUGAGAAGCAUUUGAAUAUUACUAUUUUGGUGCAUUUUUAUUCAUCCAAUUGCACAAAUGAAAAAUGCCUUGCUGUGAACUUCAAUGUAUUUGAUGGAUUUGAAGACUGCUAUUCCCAUUAUUAUGUUAUGCUCAUCCCGUUAAAAGAUUGUGUAGCUCUUUGUCAUCUAGUUCCAACUAAAAAUAAGUCUGCAUAUUUUAUGGAUUUGGAAGUAGGACAAUAUAAAUUACAGGUUGAACCAAAGGCUCACUCUCUCCUACGCAAACAAUUUUGUUUGGGAUAUCUCAUCAAUGUCACUAAUGAUAUAGAAGACACAGCAGAGACUGUUUUUGUAAAAAAAUUAUCAUUUGUUUCUACUGAAAUCAUUGUGUUAUCAGUUGUUGGUAUACUUUUGAUUGCUACUGGAAUUUUCAUAGUCUACAAGAGAUCAGGUGUUGUUAGAAGAAGUAACUCAGUGGUUCCAGUUUUAACAAAAGUUAAUUCAUUGAGCUCUUUCACAAAAACCAUAAAAGUUUACAUUCUGCAUUCUCAUGAUGAUGAAACAACACAGAAAGUGAAGGUUUUGAAAGAUUUUUUGUCACUGUUCUUUGAAAGCAUUCUUAUUGAAGAUGAGCUGCCAAAGAUUCUUGUCAGCAGACGAAAGUGGUUGACGGAUUUGCUGGAAUAUCAACGACUUGAUGGAAAAGAAGAAUAUACUUCUGAUAAGCGUAUAGUUAUUGUAGAGUCUGGAAAAUUUAUUAAAAACAGAGAUUUCAGAGCUGAAGAGGAUGUCAUUGAAGAUAGCAUAUUCUAUGAAACUAUCAUCUCAUUAGAUUCAGAUCGCCUUAGAACGCUUUUAGAUUACCACAAUAUUUUUGUUGUUCGGUUCGAUGACUCUGGACCAGAGAGAAACAGGCUCGAACACAUUGUACCUGGGGAGAGGUACAAAAUUCCUGAGCAUGUGAUAGACCUGUGCCUUAACAUGAGCCUUUGCAAAGAUCCCAAAUCUCAACAACUUCUCAGAAGUAGAUUCCUGGCCCUAUUUAAUAAUCACCAAGUUAAAGAUCUAAGUAGUUCUAUUCAUCAAGUUGUGCAUAUAUGAUUCAAACAAAGCAGUCAUUUUUUCUCUUUCUAUUGGCUUUUAUUCUCAGUCAAUAUGAAUCUCAUUUAUAUUGUGAUUUAAAAUAUUUACUUAUGAGCACUGCCAUGCUAAGCUCAAAUGAGGUAGUGUGAAGCAAAGGGAUGCAAGUGGACAUUUUUAAGUUUUGAGUUAAAUGCAUUUAAAGAUAAGAUUGUAUGUGGGUUUUCAUUGAAACUUUUUUUUCCAAAUCUUGCUGCAUAACAGCACCUAUCAGGGCUACUACUACCACUUCUUGCCCCAAGUCAGAGAGGCGAGGUUCACCUACCAUGUGUACUGGUUACGUCCAAAAUUUUAAUUUGCCACUUACAUUUCCUUGCUUCUCACUUCCUGAAAUGUUGUCUCUGCACUUUUUAUAAAAACAGAGUUAUUGUCUCGAGAUAGUUCUUUAUAAUAUAUUUUACCUACAUACAAUGUUUUAAAGUCAUUUGUGAAUGAAAUAAUUAAUUUUUUUUUUUUUUUUGAAAAAGUAAAAUUUGCAUCAAAUAUAUGUAGGCAUCAAACAUUAAAAUGCUGUUUCUCAUUUUGAGCUCAGCUGCAAAUAAGACUUUGCUUAGCACAGCAGUAUAAAUAGUGUAGUAAAAGUUAUUUUGUCUUCAAACACAUCUUGUAUUGCUCAGCAUUUAAGUAUUUUUCCCAUCGUGUUCAGGGAUUAAAAAGUUAUUAAGGCAGAUAACAGGCAAGUUUUAAGGAACCUGUAAUAAGCUGACUUUUUGGACAAUGUGAAAAAGCUCAUAUAUGUAAAUGUUUGAAAAAAGCACAUUACUUUGUGGUGCCAUUUAAUUUAACUUAAACAUGUGUUUGCUGUUAUAAAAACAUUGCUUUAUUUAGGAAAAUAACAUGAGACAUAUGGACACUACAAGUGGUCUCUUAGCAUCCCUAGCAGCAAAAUUUUGGCGGCAUGUGAAGACCAUCAUUAGAAAUUAUUAGAGAUAUGGGGAAAAGUCAGAAUUAAAGUUGCUUGCUCAUUUUAGUAGAAAAUUGCAAUUUAUGUGCAUGAAUAACCCAAGAGAAAAGUAGAUAACAGUUUCUAGAAGUCGAUGAUAGUUCCCUUCUGCUGUUGUUUCGGUUUUUCUCUCAAAACUUUCUCUCUUAAGACCUUGAGACCCCCACAAAACCUGAGGGCUCUCGUGUGCCCUCUUAAAAAUCUGGUGUAGGCAGUCAGGUGUGAUCUACGUCUGAGUUUGAAGGAUUCACCCAGACAUUUUGCAAAGUGCCAUUUUCUAUUAAACUCAAUUUUUGCCUUGGUGGAAAUCUCACAAAAGGUAUUUCACCAGGAGGACUCACACCCUCCUCAGCAGCAGACCUAGCCAGGGAGUCUGCUCGUUCAUUGCCUUCAACACCGACAUGUGAAGUAAUCCACUGGAAAUGAAUGCUGUGUCUGGGCGAAAGUUUUUGAAGAAGAUUCAAGACGUCCAAACUAGUCUGAUCACCAACCAAAUCCCAAUUAUAGAGAUGCUGAAUCAAGGCACGACUAUCAGUCAAAACCCAGAUAUCCUGGUACCUAUCCUCCAUCUGAGCAGCACAAUGCAAGCCUUUCCUGAUAACAACAAGCUCCGAUCUUAACACUGAGCAAAAAUCUGGGUUUUAAUUUUGAGUUCCGAAGCUCCAGUAGGAAUAGAAAUGUACAUUCCACUCCUGAAAUUGCCCCAUCACCCCUGCUACCAUCUGUAUAAAUCUUCAAAGAAGAAUGGAAUUUCAUGGAUGGUCUCCAGAGCCAAUUGUUUAACAAGUGCCGGAAUCUGUUUUUCGUCACACUGGUCAUGAGUUUAUCAUGGAAAGGAAUUCCAUCGAGUUCUAAACUAGCUCCUGGGGAACUCAAGAAGUGGGGUUCCGCAGCGGAAGAAGGUAGGUUCAGUGUUUUUGCAAAGAAAAACGGGCUGUGUUUCUUCAAGCGCUGAUUAUCAAUCCAUGCAUGAAGGUAAGUGGAAGUCCUAUGUUGAGCAUUGUAACUAUAUAACUUGUUGAAGUAUUUUGUGAGGCAGUAAAUUCUUCUCCAUGAAAGAGACUGCAAGUUACUCUCGAAGAGCACAAAUUUUUCAAACUGAAAGAUGUUAAUGGGUUAAAUUUUUGCAUGGAAAGCAGGAAGAGGGGUCAUUGCUGUUCAAAUCUUAAGCUAACCUGGAAAUUAGGAAAAAAUUUUAUUUUUCAGUAGGGGCACAGCUCACCGGAAGAAGGGGUAAUGGGUAAGGGGGUGGAUAGCUUUAAAAGGGUCAUUGAUCUUCAUUGGGUACUAAUAAACUGACUAGGACCAGCAUAGCUGGACCCAGAGCCUGUUGCUGGUUGUGACAUUUGUAUUUGUAACUAUAUUUAUAGUCAAUGUGAACAAUCUUUGGAGUGUACUACUUAAUCAACAAUAUUGAGGAAUUUUCUUAUUAACUUUUUUCUCCUAUCUCUAAUCGCUUCUUUGAGAUAAAAUUAUCAAGCUGCAUAUUUUGCUGCUAGAAAUACCGUGAGGAAUCUCAAUGUGUUAAGUUGCAUACUUAGUGUGAGUAAUGGAAAAAAUAUAUAUAUUUUUAAAAUGUGUCAGCAAUUUUACCUAUUCUUACUGUGGCAAUUUCUGCCUUUUUUUAUAUUUUUAAAAUAUCUUUUGAAUUUCUGUCUUUAUUUGUGUGAUUGCUCAAGAAGUCAUGUGAGUCUCAUUUAUAUCAUUCCUUUUUUAUAUUAUUAUUUUUUAUUUUUAGAAUAGAUUUCCAUUGUGACAAAUCAUCCAGAAGCAUUGUUCAUUGGGAGUAUAUUACUGAUUGGGUACAUUUACAUAUUUAAGUCAGGACUGUAAUCUUCAAAGUUACACAACUCUACCAUUACUGUGGAAUCAAAGUUGGAUUCCCACUGAUUUAUGGGGUAAAGGAGUCGGAGGCUGUAAAAUUUCCAGAGUCAGUCAGUCAUUUUCCCUCCAGGAGUGAAAGUUUUCAGUCUUUUGAUGGCUUUGAGGUCUGUUUAAAAAAAAAAAUGAAACAGAGACGGAACAAAAUAAAAAUUAAGAAGUAAAAUAUCUAAAUAAUCUAAAUGAGUUAAAUGUGGAGAAAAUUUAGACAACUGAGUUUUUUCAUGUAAUUUGUAUGAUUUAAAUAAAGACCUAAUGAUACAAAAUAAGUUAUUCUUGAUCUAAGUGAGAAAAUUAGUUAUAUCUUCAUUUCUUAAGCAAUCAUAAUAGUUCUUCAGUAUAAUUAUUUAUACCUUCUAUUUUAGAACACUUUUUGUGGAAAAUUCGUUUUUAUGAAGCUCUGUAUUCAAUCCUUUUAUUUACUUAAUAGUUAAAUUUGGGGCACACCCUCUUUUUUAUUUUGAAAAUUUCUGUCUUAGGAAUUUCCCCAACUUUUACCAGUUUCCCUCCGUUUUGCCAGCCCUUUUUAAAAGAUGAAUUCUCUUUCAAAAUGAAAUGAUGGUCUGGCUCUAAGCGCACAAGUCACUGAUCUCAAUUUAUGUUGACCCCCCCCCCCCCUUUAAUGUAAACAUCAAGGAGGUACAAUUCAUAUGAUCUUUUCUUGUUAUUCAAAAGUUGCACUUAAGUACCAGAAUGUUUGAAUAACAUUUUUAUAUUGCUGUUCAUACUUUGCAUUGUUUUGUAUUGUUUGUUUUCUUGAAUAUUAUUUUUAAUUUUCAGUAUCAUAUUUUCAUCUUCCUUUUCAAAACUUAUAUUUUUAGCAUCUGGUUUGCCAUAGUAAAUUAUUCAUGAAUUAUGGAAUUUAACUGUACCAUGUAGGUAAUAAAAAAUUUGACUAUUGUGCAUAUGUAAUGUGAGUGCCAAAAGAAAAAAGGAAGCAAUCGGAUAGUGCAAUAUGUACAGCUAGAUAGCAAUAUAUUUUCAUAAUUUUGUGUCAAAUUGUGUUACUAGUAUUAUUUCUGACUGAUUGAAGACAAACAUUGUAGAGUAUACUUAGUUGUCAUACUGAUGAGAUCUCAGAUUUUGUUCAUACAACAUUCCCUGAAUAUUUCUCUAGCAAAAAGUGCUAUUGAGAUGUCCAUAAAUGAUAUCACCUUUUUUUUUCUCGAAAAUUUGACUCACCUCUCCACCUUGUGUCACACUUUGCCUUAUUCCCCCCCCCCUUUAUCACCUAUUACGCUAUUUUUCAAAUCAUAUUGUUAUUAAAAAAUGUGUGAUGUCACACUUCUUGUCUCUCCAUCUUGUCACAAACUCAUAAUUUUACAACCACCCCCCCCUCCCCCUGGGCAUCCUGUGGGACAUCAUUUGUGGACUGUAUCUAAGAUGUUUGAAAAACAAGAAAACUGAUACUUAAUUAAAAACUAAGAAAUAAGGUCCGGUAGGAAAAAAUGUGGUUGAUUUUUUUUUAACUCUAUUGAAAAAAAAAAAUUGAAGGAGCCUGUGGCACACUCUGGCAAGAGGGUCAUUAGCUAUAAUUCUAAGACCAUGGCAUUAGCUGUAAUUCUAACAUAACUACAGUAAGUUCUAGAGAACUCAAAGUCCCAAGGGACCGGCUAAAAUGUUCGAGCUAUUGGUAGUUCGAGUUAUGGGAAGUUUCCACAACAGUCUCAAGAGUUUGGGACUGGAUAAAAACUUCGAGAUAAAGGAAUGUUCGAGUUAUCAAGGUCCGACUGUAUAUAUUUUUAAAAUAUUUUUAGAAAAAGAAAUGUUAGAAAAAGAUGCUUAAAUCAUCAAAGUAUUUUAAUACUCUUGUAACUUAUUAAUCUCAUUAGUGUUUUAUGAAUUACGGAGUCUUUUUAGAUGCUGCAAAGCCUUAAUAGUAAUUUUUUUCAAAUUAAAACUAUACAUGGCUGAGAUGCAAUAAAAAUUUUGAUCUGUAUAGAAUUCAGACUCUUCUUGUAAAAGAAAUGAUAUUUUCUUGCAGUUGUUGAGUUGUGAAGGUUUUGCUACUAUUCUAUGUUUAUGUGUAAUUUUUAAAUUUUAUAUGAAGAGGUUUUUUUUUAAAUAAUGUUAAGAAAUACUGUACUAACAAAUCAUAUC